AUGGACUAUUCUAAGGUUCAGAAUGUAGGUUGUUGGCUUUGAAAGUUUAGUCUAAUGAAGUUUACGCUUUAAACGAAAAAUUUAAAAUUAAAAUUUUAGGUCUUAUUAAAAAUUUUGAAUUCUAAAAUUUUUUGAAAUCUGAAAUUUAAAGUUUUUUUUUCAGAUAGAAAGAUAUUUUAUAAUAAAAUCCCAACCUUAUCGUGAUGACAAAUACUGUGUUAUAUACGACUAUUGGAAGUCAGAUUCAAUUUACAAUGACACUAUAUCACUGACACUACAUGCUACGUUACCUUUUGUAGCUUACUUGGAAGAACAUGUAUGUUUGACAAUAUUUUUGAAAUUUAAAUACAGUGUAACUUUUAUGUAGCAAAUACCGAAGUUACUUAUAUCCCCUCUGUAACAAAAAAUCUGUUUUUUUUCGUAUUUUACUUAUUUUUGUAUGUUUCACAUUUCAGGCAGUAGUAUGGGGCGGAGCAAUUUCAGUUGGAGUCUUGAUGCCGAAUCCAGAUCAAAUUGGUACCAACCUGGCUUCGAAGAUGUUUACGGUAAAAAUAAUUUUUUUAAUUUUUUAAAUUUCAAUUUUUUAAAUAUAUUUUUUAAAAACCUAAAAUUCAAGUUUUAAGACUUAAACUUAUUUUUAAAACAAAAAUUUAAGCCGCAAGCUAAUUCUUAAAAUUUUUUAUUAAAAUUUGUUUUAGGAUGGUUUAUCAAAGAUAGAACUGUUAGAAAAGUCAAGGUUGUCAGGCAAAGUUGGUCUUCACUUAUUUUGGGAACGGUCGACUUUUGGGUCUUGUGGAGACAUUAUCGUAGAUUCACAAGCCUUCACGAGAGAUGAGGUGAGUAUAAACAAGACUUUAAAAAGAACACAGUAGGCCAAAUUUUUCGGCCCAAGCCGGGUUUUCAAAGUUGGGUCGACCUGGCGAUGCCUUGGCUUAGUGAGCCCUUGUUGAGAUCUAUAAUAGUAUAACCAGUGGGGCGGGUAUAACUAUAAAAAAUAAAAAAUAAUUUUGUUUUUUUGAAUUCCUAACUCCGUCCACCGAAUUCCGUAUUUUACCUCCAAAAUAAAAAUUUUUGAACUAAAAUAACGUCAAAAUUCAUUUUUCAGGAUUACUUAACCUUUUUGUUCCCAAAAUCCCGCCCAACUCCAUACUACCCUGUCAAUACAGCUAGAAACGUGGCACGAUUAGGAGCAAAAACACGCUUAUUUUUAUCAUGUGAUACUGAAAACCUGCCUGUAGCAAACUAUGAAGCAAAAAUGAGGAAAUUGGCUACACGAGAACUUAUUCAGUAGGUUUGUUGAAGUAGUUUACUUCAAUUAGGAUGUUUAUUUCACCAUAAUUGCUUUGCCUUUGAACUCAAAAGUUAUCGAUUUAUAAAACUUUUGUUGCAAAGAUAUUAGUAUAAUAUAUUUUUUUUAAAUCAUGUUUUGUGGUUUAAUUUGACUUGUUUAUAGGAAUGGAAAAAAGAUGGUUAUUGUACAUAGACGAUUUGAAAUAGCAGACGCUGUAGAACUGCCCAAAAACAAAACUGAACUAUUUGUAAGUACUUAACCUGCCCUACACCUACUUUAAGCUCUAGUUUUAGCCCUAACCCUAACUUUAGCCCUAGAUCUAGCUCUGUCUCUGCCUUAGCUCUGGCCCUAGCUUUAGCCCUAUCUAUCCCUAGGCAUAACCCUAGUUUACCCCGCGCUAUUCUUUAAAAUGUUGAUCUGCCUUGCCUUACCUUAAAUUUUUAAUUCAGGAGUUGUUCAAGCUAGAAUAUGCCUUAGAAUUUCAUAAAAACUACUACCCAGAAGGACAUUUGAUUCCCUACGUUGACGAGUGGUUUCAAGUACCCGAGUAUCCAGAUGAAACUUCAAUUUUCAAAGUAACGCUUUUUAAAAUGACUUUUUGACUACAUAUACCUAAUUUUAGUUCAAAACUAAAUAAUAAGCUAAAAGUAAAUCUUGAAAAUAGUUUGCAAUUUGACAAAAAUUUUUGGCUUCUCAUAUAAUCCUAAGCUUAAAACUGAUUUCUAGAUAAUCGACUACAACAAUGGCGAGUGGGAGCCCCAAUUUGUAGGCGAUACAGAAGCUGUACCCCUGCACGAUGAAACCUUCCCCUACCCAAACCGUGGCCAUACUGAACUCGGCUAUGAAACCUGUCGUGCUGGCUUUAAAUUUGCAAUUGUAAAUAAUCUAUUUACUAUGCAUAUUGGAGUAAAAACAGGCCAGUCUAAUGCGGAAAAACGUGGCGUGGCAUUUGAUGACCCAAGUUACCUAAAGGUUGUCAGCAACUACUUGAAAAGGCUUUAUGAUGCAUAUCCGGAGACAGAAGCAACUUGUGGAUUGUUUAAACCUUAA